GACGAGCAGGCUAACAAAUACGCGAAACGUGGAAGAAUGGGAAAGCAAGAAUCAUCAAAUUAUCAGUUCAUUUCGGAACACCUCAACACCAUCCAUGAGUCAUCAGUUUGGUCGUUUUAACACUCUCAUCGACAUUUUUGAGCUUGUUCAAGCAUUUCUUCUCCAUCGUAAUCCUUUACCAACUUUGGAACAAGCCAUCUCUGAGUUGCUUUCUAAGGCAACCCAUUUUGGCACUGUCCGGUCAUCGCAUCCAAACAUUGUUCUUGCUACUCAUCGUCCUCGCGGCAAUCAGUUGUCCCAGCCUCACUGA